UUUCAUUUCUUUUUGUUUAAUUAUCUUUCAUGAUUCCUUGAAUCUUCUGCAACAGCCUUAUCUCUUUCUCUAAAAUUAAAGCUUUCACUAGCUAUAACAGAGGUGUUUUAAUUUCCCAUUUCUGCAUAUAAAUUCUUCUUCCUCAAAUCUUGUACCCCAGGUUUUCUUUUCCCUUUUUCUUUCACAAACUAUAAACUAAGGGACAGAACUUUCAUCUUUUGUCUGUCUGUAAUUCUUUGAAGGAUGAACAAACAAGAAGUCAUGAAGAUGCAGACAUGGAUUCUCAAAGUGAAUAUACAGUGUAGUUGUGAUGGCUGCAAGCAGAAAAUAAAGAAACUGUUGCAGAAAAUUGAUGGGGUGUAUACUACAAGUAUAAAUGCAGAUCAAGGGAAGGUUACAGUGACAGGGAAUGUUGACCCAGCUAUACUUGUAAGGAAGCUUCAGAGGUCAGGGAAACGUGCACAGCUAUGGGGAUCUGCUCAAAAGGGUUCAAACAGUUUCCAAAACCAGAUGACCAACCAGUUCAAGAACAUGCAUUUUGAUGGUGGCAAAGGUGGCAAAGACAACAGAUCUCAAAAGGGUGGCGGCGGCGGCGGUGGUGGAAAGAAUAAACAGAAAAAAGGCGGACAGCAAUUUGCACCCCCACCGCACCAUAUGCAGCCAAUGAUAAUGAAAGGGUCUAAAGAUUUCAAGUUACCACCUUCCAAGGAUCAGAAUUCUGUCAAGUUUCAUUUGCCUGAUGAUGAUUUAGAUGAAAGUGAUUGUGAUUAUGAUGAGUUCGAUGAUGAAUUUGAUGAUCAGUUUGAUGAUGAUGAGUUUGGACAUGGCCAUGGCCAUCAAAAGCAAAACAAGAUGGUGCCUAUGACGGGAAAAGAUCAUGGUUCAUAUGGGCCCAACGGCAUGGCUAAUGUCCAUGCAAUGAAUGGUAAAAAAGGAGAUGCUUUUGAUAUACCUAUAGUGAUGAAAGGCAUGGGAGAAAACAAGGAUGGGAAGCAUGGCAAUGGGGUGAAGAAAGGAGGGGGUGAAAAGAACAAGGGAAGGAAGCAAAACAAGGGAGGUAAAAAUGAGUGUGGUAAAAAAGGUGGUGGAUUUCUAGGAUUCUUUAAGAAGGACAAAGGUGUAAAAGAUUGUAAUUACAAGAAGGGUAAAAACGAAUGGGACGGAAAAAACAAGGGUGCCCGUAAGGGGAACGGAGGCAGCAAUGGUGGUGGUAACAAUAAUGGCAGUGGGGCUAUAAAGGGUGGGGGCAAAAAUGGUGGUGGGAGCCAUGAGAUGAACAAGGUUAAAAAUGGUGGGCUUCAUGACAAUGAUGUUAUUAACCAUGGCAGAGGAGGUGGCAGUAUGAAGAACAUGGGGCAGAUGGGCCAAAUGGGUCAAAUGGGCGAGCAGAUGGGUUAUAAUAUGGGUAUAAUGAGUCGAAUGGGGAACUAUCCAAUGAACCAGAUGAGUAAUAUCCCUGCAGUUCAAGGACUACCUGCUGGUGCAGCAAUGAAUGGUGUUGGUGGGGGAUACUACCAUGGGAUGGGACCAGCAAAUUCCCACAAUAAUCAUCAUCAGCAACAAUACAUGGCCAUGAUGAUGAACCAACAACGUGCGAAUGGGAAUGGUGGGGGUAUGUAUCAACCAAUGAUUUAUGCUCAACCAUAUCGGCCACCCCAUGCACCAUACGGUCCGGCUUAUCCGAUGCAUACCACGGCACCGAAUUCCGAAUCUUAUGCUCAUUUCUUCAGUGAUGAGAACGCUAACGCCUGCAAUGCCACAUAUAGACCCGAGACAUCUCCCCAGCAAUUUCACGACAUGUUCACCAACAGACCGUAUCACGUGCACCAUACUAGCAAUGACAAGAUUCAAGGAUGUGGGCACCAUCCUCAAUUAGAUUUAUGUGCAGGAUGGAAGGCUAAAAAGACAAAAUUGUUAGUGUAAGUUAUAUACUCAUGAAACUAAAUUCUACCUAAUCUCCUUAAGCAGCCGCGACCAACAUCAGCAGCCGCCAUGUAAGCUGGUCAUCGAGUUAAACCGAAGCCAGCCGCUGCCAAAUACUCCAGCCGAACGUCGUGCCGUCGCCUAGCAAGCCGAACCAUCAUCAUUAUGUUGGUCAUUAAACAUCUAAAUAAAUAAAAGAUAUCAGAAAGUCAAAAGCAGAUCACCUAAAUCAUACCUAAACUUGUCAUUUUCAUACCAAACAUACAAAAAAAUUCAAAUGCAUCCAAGGAGAUUCGGUGAAGAUAUCAACCAUAAAAUAUGCAUAUGAUUCGAAGACAAGGGGGCAAAAAAGAAAGGAAAGGAAAAAACCACGAACAGA